AAAUAAUUAUAUAUUUCGAGAUUACUCAAUACUAAACAAGGCACAACUUUUAAAUGAUUAUUUUAUAUAACUUUCAUAUCUACUAAUUUAGAAAAGAAUUUCACAUCUACUAAAGCAACUACGGGCCGCGUACGACUUUUUUAAGGAACGUGUUGGAUCAUGAAAAUGUGGCCCAUAGCGCUGGCACGACACACAUAGUAUAGAACAUGGGCUGGCAUGCGACCUGUGGCCCAUAGCGCAUAACCGUGUCGUCUAAAACCAUUUUAUCCUUUUUUGCCUCCGCAAAAAAUUGCUCCAUUUUCAUGGCUUCCUCUCUUUGCUUCAAUCCCACUUCACUCCAUUCUCUCUAUCCAAUCCCCACCCAGAGGAUCUUCACUCCCAUACGUUGCGGCCCACGCGACAACCGUGGACCUCUCGUCAAAGGCCGCAUCUUGAGCACCGAAGCAAUCCAAGCCAUCCAAGCCCUCAAACGGGCCCAGCGAAACUCUUCAUCAACCACCACAAAUUCCCGACUUCCUUCCCUCUCCCGUCUCAUCAAAUGCGACCUCCUCGCCACCCUACGCGAACUCCUACGGCAAGAUCAAUGCGCCCUCGCCCUUCACGUACUCUCCACCGUCCGAUCAGAAUAUCCGCCUCCCAACUUGUCUUUGUACGCUGAUGUUGUCGCCUCGUUGGCCAGGAACCGUCUGACGCACGAGAUUGAUGGGUUGAUUGGGGAGAUGGAAGGGAUCGAGUGUGAUGACGAGAAGGCGCUUCUGAGGUUGAUCAAGGGUGUGAUAGGGGCUGGGAGUAAGGAUUCAACGGUCAGGAUUUGUGGGUUGAUGAAGGAAGAUGGAGUGGCGUCCAGGAAAAGUGUUGGGCGGCAUGUGGUUAAAGUUUUGAGUAAAGGAUUGAGAAGAUUUGGGGAAGUGGGAUUGGCUUUGGAGGUUGAAAGCGAAUUUGGUGAAUUAUCUAGGGGUAAUUUGGACAAUUUGAGAAUUUAGGGAGAAAAUGGAUUUUUUUUUUUGUGAAAAGUUCUAAAGUAUAGAGAGAAUUUUAUUUUCUAUUUUCUUUCUCUCAAUGUAUUAAUGUUAUGCUGCUUUUGAAUUAGUCACCAAAUUUUGUCUUUUAGUAUAUUUUAGUCAAUCAACAUUGUUUAAGUUACAAAAUUAAAAUAAAAAAGUGUGAAUUAUAAAAAUGAAUUAAAAAAAUAGCAAUAUAUGAGUAUGAUAUACUUAGUAAGACAAAAAUACCCUUUACACCUUCCCAAAUAGACAAAAAUACCAUCCACUCCCUCAAAUUUUAAGCCUACGCAACAAACAAGUUGCAAGUUGCGAGCUAAGUCCGCCUCUCAAGGCUUCUAGUUAGCUGCAUUUUCUGAAACAGGACAGCGCCCAGAAAAAAAAAAAAAAAAAACAAAAGAAAGAAAGAAAGAAAAAAGCAACCCCAUCUUCAAGGUUUCAACAACAAACAAAUCUCAUCAAAUAAUUUUGCCAAAAAAAAA